UCAUCUUCCUUCAAAAUGGCUCUCAAUCGUGCUUCUUUCAUGUCUUUCCUUCUCAUCACUUUGGUGGCAGUUUCAUCUGCUAGUGAUUACUAUACUUACAAGUACACCCCUUCUCCAGUAUACAAGUCACCAAAAUACAGCCCAUCUCCCGUAUACAAGUCACCAGAAUACACCCCAUCUCCAGUAUACAAAUCACCAGAAUACACCCCAUCUCCAGUAUACAAGUCACCAGAAUACACUCAAUCCCCAGAGUACAAGUUACCAGAGUACACCCCAUCUCCAAUAUACAAGUCACCAAAAUACAGCCCAUCUCCCGUGUACAAGUCACCAGAAUACACCCCAUCUCCAGUAUACAAGUCACCAGAAUACACCCCAUCUCCAGUAUACAAGUCACCAGAAUACACUCCAUCCCCAGUGUACAAGUCACCAGAGUACACCCCAUCUCCAAUAUACAAGUCACCAAAAUACAGCCCAUCUCCCGUGUACAAGUCACCAGAAUACACCCCAUCUCCAGUAUACAAGUCACCAGAAUACACCCCAUCUCCAGUAUACAAGUCUCCAAAAUACAGUCCAUCUCCAGUCUAUAAGUCACCAGAAUACACCCCAUCUCUAGUGUACAAGUCACCAGAAUACACACCAUCUCCAGUAUACAAGUCACCAGAAUACACUCCAUCCCCAGUAUACAAGUCACCAGAAUACACUCCAUCCCCAGUAUACAAGUCACCAGAAUACACCCCAUCUCCAGUGUACAAGUCACCAGAAUACACACCAUCUCCAGUAUACAAGUCACCAGAAUACACUCCAUCCCCAGUAUACAAGUCACCAGAAUACACUCCAUCCCCAGUAUACAAGUCACCAGAAUACACCCCAUCUCCCGUGUACAAGUCACCAGAAUACACACCAUCUCCAGUAUACAAGUCACCAGAAUACACCCCAUCUCCAGUAUACAAGUCACCAGAAUACACUCCAUCUCCAGUCUAUAAGUCACCUGUCUACACUCCAUCCCCAGUCUACCAAUCACCUGAAUACAGUCCAUCUCCCGUGUAUAAGUCACCGGAAUACACUCCAUCCCCAGUGUACAAGUCACCAGAAUACACCCCAUCUCCAGUGUAUAAAUCACCAGAAUACACCCCAUCUCCAGUGUACAAGUCACCAGAAUACACCCCAUCUCCAAUAUACAAGUCACCAGAAUACAUCCCAUCUCCAGUAUACAAGUCACCAGAAUAUACUUCUUCUCCAGUGUACAACUCACCAGUUUACACACAAUCUCCAGUAUACGAGUCACCAGAAUACACCCCAUCAUCAGUGUACAAGUCACCAGAGUACACCACAUCUCCAGUUUACUCACCAUCACCAGUGUACGAGUCUCCAGAAUACACUGCAUCACCAAUCUACUCCCCAACUUACACCACUCCUACAUAUUCUCCAAGUCCCUCAUACGGCUAUUAAGAGAAAUCCAAUACUAAAUGAUUACUUGAUUUUGCAAUA